AUGGCUAACUCCAACAAUGACAAUAUUGCUCUUCCUAUUAGAGAAGAGGAAGAAGAAGAACAACAUCGAGCAUAUGCCAUCCAAUUAUUUAGCUUUCUCUCGCUCCCCAUGACGAUGAAUGCAGCCAUUGAUCUCGAUGUAUUUGAGAUUAUAGCUAAGGCCGGUCAUGGCGUGAUGCUCUCCCCUUUAGAGAUUGUAUCUCAAAUCCCUUGCAAGAACCCUAUCGCACACAUCAUGCUUGAAAGGAUGCUCAAUCUUCUCACUAGCUUCAAUAUCUUGACUUCCGUUACAACUAAUGAUGAGACACGAUACGGGUUGGCCCCUGUAGCGAAAUAUUAUGUGAGGAACGGAGAAGGUGUUUCACUUGCACCAUUAGUGACAUUGUUUCUAGACAAGGUCUUUGUUAAUAGCUGGGUUCAUUUGAAAAAUGCUGUUGUGGAAGGAGGUGUAGCUUUUGAUAGAGAAAAUGGGACAAAUCCAUUUGAUUAUAAUGGCACUGAUCCAAGGUUCAACAACUUGUUUAAUCGGGCCAUGAUGAACCACACAAAAACCGUGAUGAAUGAUUUGCUAAUGGAAUACCGAGGCUUCCACAAAGACAUGGAAAGCAUAAAACUUGUGGACGUGGGCGGAGGCCUUGGUUAUACCCUCAACAUCAUUAUUUCUAUGUAUCCCAAAAUCAAGGGCAUUAACUUUGACUUGCCUCACGUCAUUUGUCAUGCUCCUCCUUAUCCAGGUGUGGAACACAAAGAAGGAAAUAUGUUUGAAAGUGUCCCCAAGGCCGAUGUCAUUUUCAUGAAGUUUAUACUCCAUGAUUGGAGCGAUGAACAUUGUUUGAAGUUACUCAAGAACUGUUACAAAGCGUUGCCUUCUAAUGGAAAAGUGGUAUUGGUUGAAUGUGUAGUUCCAGAAACGGUCGAUAACAAAUCAAUCGGGAGGAGCAUUUAUCAACUUGACAUGAUUAUGCUAGCAAUGUGUCCUGGAGGGAAGGAGCGAACCCAUAAGGAAUUUCACGUCCUAGCCACUCAAGCGGGCUUUGCUGGGAUUAGAAUUGAAUGCACUGCCUUUACCUACUCAAUUAUAGAAAUUUAUAAAUAA